GAAAUUCUUAAAUUCAUACUGUGCAUAAAAACGAAUUUUUGGAUAUUUAAUGUCAUACGGUGGUAAUUAAUCAUUUGGUUUUUGUCAAGAAAAAUGAAGAAAUUUGCCAUAAAUGAGUUCUAUGAGUUUGUUUCGGAGCCUAAAACGUUCAGGCCUGGAGACCAAAUCGUCGUGCAGCAUGCUGAACUGCCAGUAGUUGAGAAUGAGUUAUCAGUGUCACUAUGGUUGAAACUUAAGAAUCACGCUUCUGAUUGGGCCAUCAUUUUUCAUAAAGGUACUGAACGUUUAAUUCGUACACCUGGACUUUAUUUAAUGCCAAAUACAUCAAAAUUGCAUGUACGUUUUACCGGAAAUUGGGAUAAUAAUGUUGGAAUUGAAGAAAUUGGGGACGAACUUUUGUUAAAUCAAAAGUAUCAUUUAACUUACACACUUUCUGAUCCCGAAAAGAGACUGGAUUUCUACAUAAAUGGGGAAUGGGUCGCAUUUUAUAGUAUUGAAAAUGUCAAAACGCAUAAAGUUAAAUUCAAUGAUGGGCCAUUAUACAUUGGACGCUUUUAUCGUGAAGGUUUUAAUGGCGAAAUUAGUAAUUUCCGUUAUUUUAAUUGGCGUUUAUCUGCUGAAGAAGCGAUGAAAAAUUAUUUGAAUAGUCGACCCUUUAAUUAAGGAAUAAGGGAAAGGGACGGGAAUAAAGUGUAGAACAGGUGUAAUUUAAAAAGGAUAUCAAAUAUAUCAAAAUUACUGAUUUUAAUAAAAUGUUACGUUACGUUGAAGUUUAUUACGAAAAAUUACGAAA